GUGUCACUGAUGCCAAAGUUGAUGGAAGUAUCAAACAUUUUACCAGAUAUGAAGAAAAAUAAACUUUAAAUUAAAAUUUAACCACCAGUGAACUGCAUUUAUUUAAAAUAUUUGUCAUUUGUAAUAUAACCGACAAGGCUGAAUAAACAAUGGCAGAUUUUAUCGAUUCCGAGGCCGAAGAAAGUAGCGAGGAAGAGGAACUAGAACCCCAUGAACGCAAAAAAGCCAAGGCCGCUGUACAAGACAGUUCCGAAGAAGAAGAGGAUGACGAUGAAGAACGUCUACGUGAGGAAUUAAAAGAUCUUAUCGAUGACAACCCUAUAGAGGAAAGUGAUGCCGAAUCAGACACAUCUGGUAGGGAAAAACGUAAAAAAUCAGAUGAUGAGGACCUAGAUGACCGAUUAGAAGAUGAAGAUUAUGAUUUGCUUGAGGAAAAUUUAGGAGUUAAAGUCGAAAGAAGGAAAUUUAAACGUCUACGAAGAAUACAAGAUGAAGAAAGUGAAGGUGAGGAAGAGCAGGAUCCUGAACAGGAACGAGACCAUAUUGCUAUGGAUCUGUUUUCGGAAGAUGAUGACGAAAGACGAUCGGAACGCAGUCACAGACCAGCUGUGGAACCCGAACAGUUCGGAGAGGAAGAAGAAGAAGGGGAAUAUUCAGAUGCCGACGAUUUUAUUGUAGAUGAUGAGGGCCGUCCUAUCGCAGAGAAACGAAAGAAGAAAAAGCCUAUUUUCACUGAUGCUGCUCUUCAAGAAGCUCAGGAGACAUUUGGAGUCGAUUUUGACUAUGAUGAAUUCUCUAAGUAUGAACAAGAUGACUAUGAAGAAGAGGAGGAGGAAGAGGAAGAUGAAUAUGAAGAAGACGAAGAUGGAGAAAGAAGGAGGCGUCCUAAGAAAGCUGCCAAGAAAAAGCCUACCAAAAAGUCCAUAUUUGAGGUGUACGAGCCUAGUGAGCUCAAAAGAGGCUUCUUUACCGAUCUCGACAAUGAAAUUCGUAACACUGAUAUACCGGAAAGAAUGCAGAUACGAGAUGUGCCUAUUACGGCGGUCCCUGAUGACUCCACAGAAUUGGACGAUGAGGCUGAAUGGAUAUACAAGCAAGCGUUUUGCAAACCAACGAUAUCUAAUAUGGACGCACAUUUAACACCCGAGGCUAGAGAGAAAUUAAAGAAGGGACCGCAGACUAUUGGGAAAAUUAGAAAGGCUUUGGAUUUUAUGAGAAAUCAACAAUUGGAAGUUCCAUUUAUUGCAUUUUAUAGGAAGGAAUAUGUACAACCAGAACUAAAUAUAAAUGAUUUGUGGAAAGUUUACAAAUAUGACGCCAAGUGGUGUCAGUUGAAAAUACGCAAAGAAAACCUCCUCCAACUGUUCGAGAAGAUGCGUUCCUACCAGCUUGAUCAGCUGAUGAAAGAUCCGGAUGCUCCUAUUCCCGACAAUGUUCGUGUCAUGAAGGAUUCCGAUAUCGAAAGAUUGAAAAAUGUUCAGACUGCCGAUGAACUGAAUGAUGUGCACAACCAUUUCAUUCUUUAUUAUUCCGCUGACUUACCCGCAAUGCAUGCCGCAUGGAGGAUUAAGGAGAAAGAGAGAAAGAAACAAGAGAAAAGGGAUGCAAGGCUGAAGUUAAUAGCAGAAAGUGAAGAGGGAGCUGAUAUCCCAGAUGAAGUAGAAGAGAUUGACGAUGAUGAACCUGAGCCAGAGACGCUGAAGUAUGCUAAUAGAUCAGGAAGUUACGCCCUAUGUGCUAGAGCAGGCAUAGACCCCCUAGCGAAGAAGUUCGGUCUGACACCCGAGAAUUUUGCUGAGAACUUACGUGAUAACUACCAAAGGCACGAAGUUGAACAGGAGCCUUCUGAUCCUGCCGAGACAGCGAAAGAAUUCAUUUCACCUAAAUUUCAAACAGUGGAUGAGGUCCUGCAAGCUUCCAAAUACAUGGUCGCUUUACAAAUAGCAAGGGAGCCGCUUGUAAGGAAAUGUGUAAGGGAAGUGUUCUUUGAAAGGGCAAAGUUGUGUGUUUACCCCACAAAGAAAGGGCAGAAAGUCAUAGAUGAGGCUCAUAACUGUUUUAGUAUGAAAUAUAUCAAAGAUAAACCAGUUAGAGACCUCACUGGUGAUCAGUUUCUUAAACUCUGUAUGGCUGAAGAAGAAAACCUGCUGACUAUUACUAUCAAUGAAACAAUUGAGGGAAAUACUACUUCUUCUUACAUCGAUGAAGUCAAACAACUCUAUAUUAGAGAUGAAUUUAGUAAAAAUGUUCAAGACUGGAACGCUCUACGUAUGGAAUGUGUGGAAAGGGCGUUAACAAAAAGCGUUUUACCCGAUUUACGUUCAGAGUUAAAGAGAGCUCUAUUAGCGGAAGCCAAAGAGUUUGUGUUAAAAGCCUGCUGUCGUAAAUUGUAUAAUUGGAUUAAGAUUUCCCCAUAUGCGGUUACAUUCCCAGAUGAAGAUGAAGAUGAGUGGGAUACCACAAAAGGAAUUAGGGUUAUGGGUCUAGGUUAUGUUCCUGAUUACUCAGUAUCGGCGUUUGCCUGCAUAUCAGCACCUGAUGGUGAAAUAACGGAUUAUUUAAGAUUGCCUCACCUUUUGAAAAGAAAAAAUAGUUACAGAAUGGAAGAGAAACUGAUGAAAGAAGCGGAUCUAACAGCAUUAAAAAAUUUCAUAUACACAAAGAAGCCCCACGUUAUCUCAAUCGGAGGUGAGUCCAGAGAAGCUUUAAUGAUAGCUGAAGAUCUUAGAGCAAUCAUAACCGAGUUGGUAGAAUCUGACCAAUUUCCGUUGAUCAAAGUGGAAAUUAUAGAUAACGAAUUAGCCAAAGUAUACGCUAAUUCUAAUAAAGGACAGUCCGAUUUUAGGGAUUACCCUGAACUUCUACGACAGGCCGUUUCUUUGGCACGAAAAAUGCAGGACCCUUUGAUAGAGUACUCUCAGCUCUGUAAUGGGGACGAGGAAAUAUUGAGUUUAAGAUUCCAUCCAUUACAGGAACAAAUACCUAAAGAAGAGCUUUUGGAGGCCUUAUGCUUGGAGUUUGUAAAUCGAACGAAUGAGGUAGGUGUCGAUGUAAAUUUAGCCGUCCAACAAGCUCACAAAAGCAACCUAGUCCAAUUUAUUUGCGGUUUAGGCCCUAGAAAGGGCCAAGCUUUGCUCCGAGUCUUAAAACAAACGAAUCAGAGGCUGGAAAAUAGGACACAGCUUGUCACUGCUUGUCAUAUGGGUCCAAAAGUAUUUAUAAAUUGCUCUGGUUUUAUUAAGAUUGACACUAAUAGCUUAGGUGACAGUACUGAAGCCUACGUGGAAAUUUUGGAUGGUUCUCGCGUACAUCCAGAAACUUACGAAUGGGCUAGAAAGAUGGCUGUGGAUGCGCUGGAGUAUGAUGAUGAUGAAGGUGCUAAUCCGGCAGGCGCAUUAGAAGAAAUUUUGGAAGCACCUGAGAGAUUAAAAGACUUAGAUCUUGAUGCGUUUGCUGAAGAAUUGGAGCGGCAAGGAUUUGGUAACAAAAGCAUCACACUGUAUGACAUUAGGGCUGAAUUAAACUGCAGGUAUAAGGAUCUUCGCCAACCAUACCACUCUGCUAAUCCUGAAGAAUUAUUUGAUAUGCUUACAAAAGAAACGCCCGAAACGUUCUACAUUGGUAAAAUGGUUACAGCGUCGGUUAUUGGAAUUGCUCGUAGGAAACCAAAGCCGGACCAACUGGAUCAGGCUAAUCCCGUUCGUAAUGAUGAAACGGGACUUUGGCAAUGUCCUUUCUGUUUGAAGAAUGAUUUCCCAGAACUUUCCGAUGUGUGGAAUCAUUUUGAUGCAGGAUCCUGUCCCGGUCAAGCGACUGGAGUUAAAUUGAGAUUAGAUAAUGGUAUAUCAGGGUACAUCUACAUAAAGAACAUCAGUGACAAGCCUGUGUCUAAUCCAGAAGAAAGAGUAGGUGUUGGUCAACUCAUCCACUGCAGAAUAAUGAAAAUAGAUGUUGAGCGAUUCUCCGUGGACUGCACGUCAAAGUCCAGCGAUCUAUUGGAUAAAAACCACGAAUGGAGGCCACCAAGAGAUCCAUACUACGAUCAAGAAAGAGAGGACAGGGACACUAAGGCGGAAGCCGACAAGAAGAAAGAAAAACAGCGAAAAACGUACAUUAAAAGGGUCAUUGUUCACCCCGCAUUCCACAAUAUAUCAUAUGCCGAGGCCGAGAAGUGUAUGACUAAUAUGGAUCAAGGCGAAGUUAUUGUAAGGCCUUCCAGUAAAGGUGCAGAUCAUCUUACUAUAACUUGGAAGGUGGCUGAUGGCAUCUAUCAGCAUAUUGAUAUUCGUGAAGAAGGAAAAGCUAACGCUUUUUCAUUAGGAAAAUCAUUGUGGAUUGGCAACGAAGAGUUUGAAGAUCUAGACGAAAUCAUCGCUCGACAUGUCACGCCAAUGGCCGCACACGCUAGGGAUUUGCUAUAUUUUAGAUACUACAAGGACACUGAGGGUGGUCAUAAAGAUAAAGCUGAAGAAUACCUUAAGGAAGAAAAGAAGAAAAAUGCUUCAAAAAUUCAUUAUGUUGUAAGCGCUGCAAAGAAUAUACCUGGGAAAUUUCUGUUGUCUUACCUUCCUCGUAACAAGGUGAGACACGAGUAUGUCACGGUGACACCUGAAGGUUUUCGAUUCAGGCAGCAGAUGUUCGACUCUGUUGCUUCGUUGUUUAAAUGGUUUAAGGAGCACUUUAGGGAUCCACUUCCAGGUGGUAUGACACCUGGCACGCCUAGGAUGUCUUCCGGCCGUACACCUUAUGGUGGCGGUAGUGGCACACCGUCAUUCAACAUGAAUACUGAAGCUAUUCAGAGGGUAGCACAAAAUCUCCCGAGCCACAUGAUGCAGACAUUGUCUGCUGUUGCAAACCAGACUCCACAUUAUCCUCACACUCCUGGUGGUGCUUAUGGGGCUGCCAAUUAUAUUAAUACGCCUUAUACACCCAGUGGGCAAACACCGUUUAUGACCCCAUAUCAAACGCCCCAUACUCAACAAACACCUCGUUAUGGACAACAGACGCCCUCACAGCACAUGCCGAAUACAGCGCCCCACCUCAAUGGGCCGUUCUUGCAUCCGGGAGCUGUGACGCCCUCUCAGCGAACACCCAGCUACAGAAACCUCACAACCCAGUCUCCCAUGUUGCAACCUAGCCCAACACCUAGUCCAGGGUCGCAGAGUUCCUUCGGCAGUCACUCGCACAGCAGGGGUAGUUACGAUCCUGCGAGGGCAGGGGGAUACCAACCAAUCGAUUCUCCAAGGGGUUAUAUGAAUAGAAAUUAUCCAGAUGGGGGCAGGUAUGGAGGAAAUUCGGAGUCGAUGGAUUGGCAGAAGGCUGCAGAAGCUUGGGCAGCAAGAUCGAAAACUACACCAAGGAGUGAAGGUCGCAAUACGCCACGUUCCGGUGGGCAGAGAACCCCCAGAUUUGAAGACGUCAGAAACGAUUUGGAGAGAACACGCAUGAAAAAUGUCGGAAAAAGUCCGAGAUCAGUUCGAUCCACUCCACGCACCAAUACUUCCCCGCACUCCAUGUCAUUGGGUGAUGCCACACCACUGUAUGAUGAAAAUAUAUAACUAUUCAUAUAUUAAUUUUUGUACAGUGAGCUCUAGUUCUGAGCAGUUUUUGUUAUUUUUUAUUACGAAAUUUAAUGACCACAGUUACUGGAUCGAAGCAAAAAGUGGAUUGUUAAUUGGUACACACAUUCGGUAACUGUUUUUAUUAAUUAUUUAUAUGAUCAAGGUUUUUUUUAAUUCUUCUUAGUUUUAGUUUAUUUAUACAAAUAAA